AAUAUCAAAAUUCCAGUUAUUUAAAAUAAUUGACUGUCAAAAUGAAUUUUAGAAAGCAACGAGCGCGUUCUAGAAGAAACUCUAUAAACAUAAUGACGGUUGCAGACAAGUGGAAAAACAUCAGCAGAAAGAAAUCACGACGUGACUCAGACUCUGAAGAUGAUGAGGAUGAAGAAGAUGCUCAGUUAAGUGAGGUAGACUGGGAACAGGAGUUCUUGCAAGAUAGAUUGAACCGGCUCUCUUCAGACCAAGAUAGCGAAGUACAACUUACCAAGAAACAAACACUUCUAUUAGCCACGUUACUUCCAGACGAGAUCAUACAGAUUGAAAAUUUUGAUUCGACUGAACCGAAACGUUUCGUUGGCGUCCUGUUGAUGGCCGACGUGUCGGGAUAUACCGCACUGUCCGAGCGCUACAACACCACAGGCAAAGGCGGCACAUACCGCUUGACUGCCACUCUUAACGCGUACCUCGGCUCCCUCAUAGAACUCAUAUACAACCACGGCGGAGAUAUACUCAAAUUCGCAGGCGACGCCUUUUUAGCACUAUGGAAAACUGAUAAACGGACGUUCCUAUGCCAUACCAUUCACACAGCGAUAGCAUGCGCACUCCUCAUACAACAUUCGUUUUCAUCCUAUGAAACCGACGUCAAAAUAAGUCUCAAAGUAAAGCUAGCUAUCUCAGCAGGAAAUCUGCUUUUUGCUACAAUCGGUAACCAAAUACCGAUGAAUUACGUUAUUUUUGGGCUACCAGUAAUUGAAGCAAAAUUAGCUGAAAGCCUUUGUAUUUCAGGUGAAGUAAAAUUAACGCCUAACGCUUGGGGUCACUGCUAUUCACGAAAUUACGAUUUUGUUAUUGAAGAGAAUGGUCACGUCACGAUUAGAGCCAUAUUAUACGACCCUCGAGACAGUGACGUUUCGAAACCUUUUCGGGGACUAGGGGCAAUGAUCAAAACCAAACGAAACUUUGCUGCUCUUGAGAAUCUUCCAGACUCUGUAUGGACGUCUCCUAAGUGUUCAUCUGCUGAAAAUGCAAUAAAAUAUGAAGCCCUUGAUUUCAGGCAGAAGAUUUUACUCGCUGAGGAACGUAAUAUCGGGCCAGAAUUACGGAAGUUCAUGAUUCGACCAGUGCUCACUCAGAUCGACGCUCUACAGCCUUUGGAGUACCUCACGGAAAUGAGACAAGUGUCUGUUUUAUUCGUAACUCUCAAGCCCAGAAAUUGUCCACAUCAGCAACUCAUCACAAUAGUUAACAAUUCCUACGAGACCAUGUGUGAAAUCGUUUAUAAAUCAAUGGGAUGUGUUAACAAAAUCAUACUUUUCGAUAAAGAUAUAAUGAUUUUAAUUAUUUUUGGCUUGCGAGGCUUCAAACAUGAAUGUGAAGCACAAGCUGCAUUAAAAUGUGCAUGUGGUAUUAAAAAGUCUGUCUCUGCUCUCGACGGUGUGCGCGAGGUAUCAAUCGGUGUGACCACCGGGCAGGUGUACUGUGGGGUCGUAGGGCAUCCAUUAAGGCGGGAAUACACUGUAAUAGGAGCCACCGUCAAUAAAGCGGCAAGGUUAAUGUGUUAUUUCCGUGACAAAAUUACAUGCGACGAAGCGACUUUCGUGAAUAGCAAAAUGUCCAGCAACGGAUUUACUUUGCAACCUUCAGUAGAUCUUAAAGGUAUUCUGCAUGCGGGUAAAAUUUUUGAGUACAGUGAAGAUAUUCGAGUAAAAGAGCUAUAUGACAUCCCUAUGAUACCACGACUUCUGAACCGAGCGGAUGAAAUUGAAUACUUUGAAAAUUGGCUCGAUGAUGCGCAUCAUGCUUAUAGAGACUUUGACGCUCUUUUGUUGGUUGGUGAACCGGGUAUAGGAAAAACUAGAUUAAUAGAGUGGAUGGCCCGACAUGCGCGAGGCUGUGGUCAUAAUGUAUGCAGUCUCACGUUGACCUCUAUACACUCAGCUACUCCAUACUUAGCUCUGACUCAAAUAAUUAAUCAGAUAUUAGGGCUUUCGGAACCAAUUGAAGAUUUCAAAAAAGAAGAGAGAAUAGUGCAGUUAUUAAAAGUAUACGACGAAGAUCUUUGUUUCCUCAACGACGUUAUUAAAACUCGAUUCGCGUAUCAUGAAGGAGUAUACAGCCAAGAUGCAAAACAACGUGAAGAGAGAGCAAAAAUCAUUUUCUCAAAAGUAAUACAAAGCAUACCUGAUACACACGUCAUAUUUUUAGAUGACCUGCAAAGCUUGGAUCAAGUUUCAUGGGAGUAUAUAUCCAUAAUGAUAAAUUCACAGAACAUUUUUACCAUAACAACAGUAAGACGAGGAAAAGUUAGCUCCGUACAAGCAUGGUUGUAUAAUGUCUUUACCAAUAACAAUAUAAGAAAAAUAAUUUUGGGCCCACUAAGUCCAAAAUGGAUUCCAUCACUUGCUUGUCAGAUAUUGGAUGUAGCUGCAGUUUCCAAUGAUUUAUGCAAAGCACUACAAUCAAAGUGUAAAGGUAUACCUGGAAUCAUGGAAUUAUUUAUUAUACACUUAUUCUCUAGCGGUGCUCUAGAAAUUAACAGAAUUCAAGAGCUAGAACUUGAAGAGUACCGCAACGACGAAUUACAAUUUCCACCAGCUGAAUUUUUACAUCCACAGGCUUUAAAUAUAUUCGAUCAGCCUACUCUAGACGAUCUUAUACAAGAAAAUAAAACAGAGGAGAUAGGAAUCUGUAGAGUAACUGAGAAAGAGAAAUUAAAAACAAACAUUAAUGUAGAAACUACUGAUGCAUUAAUAAUGAUGCAAAUUGACGCGCUUACUCCUUAUCAACAAUUGUUGUUAAAAAUUGGCUCUGUAAUAGGAGAUGUAAUGUCGCGAGAUCUAUUGGAAAAUAUAAUGUACGAAAACAAUACAAUAACAACUGCGAAGGCAAUAAAAAGAUUUUUUGCAAUGCAAAUUUUAAGUUGUGCAAAUACAGCAAAUCGAUGGCACCGUAGGUCCACUAGGGCUUCACUGAAUAGCAGCAUCACGUCAGUAACUCCUUUGCCAUUGCCAGCAUGCGAAUGUACUUUUGAAUUCGAUCCUGAAUUAAGUUUUGGUUUACCCAAAUACGCUUUUUGUAAGUUAUUAAGGUUUAAAGGCAAAAAAAUUAGAAACACAUUUUAUGAAUUACUUCCAAUGAAUCAAAAAAAGGAGUUUCAUGCGCGUAUUGUUACCUAUUUAGAGAGUAACAAACACAAAUGUCGCAGUUGUGGUGGAAUCAUUAUGGUUGUUCAAUCCCUAACUGACUUAGAGGACGAGACAGAAAAACGCAUUUUUAAUGAGAGCUCUAAAGGUGAAGAUAACGGAGAUGAAGACAGCAAAUCACAAGAACCUUUUACUAUUUCGAACACAGAAAAAAAUAAUUCUGAAUCACGUAGUACUAGUGUUACAGAUGUACCAACAGAAAAGUUACAUACAAGUUUCACAUCAGCAAAUUCACAAACUGUUCCAAUUUUGAAAUCUAACAAAGAGGACUCUAUAGGGAGACGGCGAUCCACUAAGAGAGUGACUGUUUCCAGUUUUGUCUUUAAAAAUGGUAGCAGCUAUCAGUUAGACACAUUUAAUGUGUUCGAUAUGUUACGUAAGGUGACAGAGGCAGAAAGUAUGAGUGAUUGGCAUGAACUCGGUGUCAUUGACAGCGAUGACGAAGAUAGUAAAAACAAAGAACUAUUCAGUAUUAAAAUAGAGAAAGGUGUUUCAGAAACAGAUUUUAGUAGAUGUACCUGUGCUGAACUAAAACUUACAAUUUAUGAACAAAUGAUUUAUCACGCAAGCAAAGCUGAAAUGAAAUUUAAGGAAAUUGAACUUACAAUUGAAUUGUGCUACCUAUAUCUACUUGCAAGUAAUGUAGAUGAUGCACUCCUAAAACUUGAACAUGUUGAAAGUUUGUUCAAUCUCCCAGAAGUUCAAGAAAUUAUAGACUCCUGGGACAUAAAGAGAUUCUUAGGGAAAAUUUAUACUUUAAAAGCUGCUGGUUGUCUAGCUAUAGCAAAUCACGUUGCCGCCAAAGUGGCUCUGGGAAAGGCAGUGCGUAUUUACCACAUUAAUAUUGAUAAUGUUGCCGAAUUCCUCAAAUUACGCUCUUUAGUAGAUAAAGUUAAAAUAAAAGGAAAAAAAUAUCGGUUAAACGAGGCAAAGAUGGUGGCGGAUUCUAUCCUGUGUUUGAAUAUUUGCACUUUGUUGUAUUCCGCCUUAGGAGAUGGCACUGCAGCUAGAUUCCAUGCAUAUAGAGCAUUGAAAUUAGUACAGAAAGUAGAAUGCAAUGUGGUAGACCUGUGCGACGUGUUUAGCAACGCUAUACAUGUAGACCUCGUGUUGGGCUUUAUAGAGUCAACAGCUGACACGCUGCACUUAGCGAUAUCGAAAUUACAAAGUUUGCAGCAACCAUUUCAGUCAGAAGAUUUGUAUGCUCUCGGAAAAGUGUUUAUGGCUUCGUUUCGUGCCGGAGUAGCGCGCGGCGCGCUCGCCUCGGCUAUAAAAACAGCCUUUCGGGCAAUGGCUGUUAGCCGAUUUCUGCGUGCCUACAAUGUUUCUAUGGAGAUUAUACCAGAUUUGUUUUAUAUUUUACUUUGUCGUCGCCGCAUAUCAGAAGCGGUAGACGUUCUUAAGGAAGCUUCGAUCAUGAGUAAAGAACGCAGUUCAUUGGAUUGCGAAACUUGGUAUUAUGCACUGUGUAUAGAUCUGAUAUUAGACACUGGGUUCCAGCUGGAAACACCUACUGAAAUAAGUAGAUACGCAGAGUAUGCGAUACAAACGCCCGAGUCGAAUGCUGGACGACGACGUCUCAUGGCUGGGCUUUGGACGUAUUGGCUACGAGCUGACCAGGAGCGGAGAGCAAAACGUUUUGAAGCCGAAGUCUUGGCGUGGGUGUCCCGAGAAGAAGAAGAUGGAUCUUUAACUACUCUUAUUAGCUCAAUGCGAUUAGCUGAAGGUAUGCUCGAAAGUUUAGCAAGGAAAAUGGAUGACUUGCGAAAGGUAGUUGAUCUCAUGGAACUACGAUCGUUGGCAGAUCAGAAGCUGGUCUCACUGGAACAUGAUGCAAAGUUGUGCCGUGUAAUUUAUCCCAGAUGGAUUACAUUAAGAGCAAACUCACUAUACUUGUCAGGACGUCGCUCAGCAGCAACCACUACAUUCAAUCAGGCCCUAGAAGAAGCUCGCAAGGUUCAUAAUCGACUAGAAGAAGCCAUAACCCUGGCUGCAACCGGCCACUCGACGAUUUGGCUAUCCAACGCCCGGUCUGGGCGCUUCAUAACUUGGCGGGAUGGAUAUCAACUUGCGCGGGAAUCUUGGCAUCGGUAUCUUUAUAGGAUAACUGCUAAUCGAUAACGAAUAAAGUUGGUACCUAUUCUCAAAA